UUAGAAGUCCUUUUUGACUUCUUAAAGAUCGAUAAUUGCACUAAAAUCAAAUAUAGGCCUAUGAAAAUCAGUAAGAAGCUGGUUGAUAAAUGACUCCCGUGUGUGCAGAGCAGAGCUACGGGGAGGUGAACCAGCUCGGCGGGGUGUUUGUGAACGGCCGGCCGCUGCCCGCCCCGCUGCGGCUGCGGAUCGUGGAGCUAGCGCAGCUCGGCAUGCGGCCCUGCGACAUCAGCCGACAGCUGCGCGUCUCUCAUGGCUGCGUGUCCAAGAUUCUGGCCCGCUACAACGAGACGGGCUCCAUCCUGCCAGGAGCCAUCGGUGGCAGCAAGCCGCGCGUCACCACCCCCGCCGUGGUCAGAAGCAUCCAGGAAUACAAGCAAGGGGACCCGGGUAUUUUCGCCUGGGAGAUCCGGGACCGGCUGCUGACGGACGGGGUGUGUGACAAGUACAACGUGCCGUCCGUCAGCUCCAUCAGCCGGAUCCUCAGGAAUAAGAUCGGGACUGUUUCUCAGCCGGGUCAACAUGAGAGCAGCAAGCCGGCUCCGGCUCAGCUGCCCCCAUACGGACACGUCUACCCCUACUCCCCCACCGGGACCAGGACCGGAUCCGUACCCACCGGGCACGUCGGUCUGCCGCGGAGCUGGCACAACAUCCUGGGCAUCCGAGCCUUCAUGGAUCCGGCAGCUCUGUCUGGAUCUGAUGGACAUUCAGCUAAAGUGGACGACUGGACCAGUAUGAGCGGCAGACCGUUUCCCUCCGGAGUCAAUGGAGUGGACAAAACCAACAACGAGCCAGACCUCAAAUACCCACAACAGUCUUCAUCCAGUCUGUCUGGUUACGUCUCAGCUUGCGCGUAUUCUCCGCCGAACCAGUACGGUGUGUAUGGAGGUCCGGCAGCCAACUACAUGAUCCCUGGACACCACUGGCAGCAUCAGUCCUCCAGUAUGAAUCCCAGUUUGACUCCCAGUCUGGUUCAUCCUGGCCCUGCACCACCACUGGAGGCUGCAGAUUUCCACAAUGCUACAUCUUUCAAACUUUCACAGAGAGAAGAAGACAGGAAAAGUCAAAGUCUCCUGAACAAACACCAUCAUGCAGCUCACAGAUUGUCUACAGCCUCGUGAUGACACAGAGGAGCCACAGAUGACGUGAUGUGAUGCUGAAAGACUAUCAGGUUUUUAUUUCUGAGGAGAGUCGAGACAAAGUGACUUUUACUGCUCCAAACUGGAGCUUAAGACCUGAGGGAAACUCAGUCUCAAUCUCCUAUGAUCUGCCCCUUCCAGGACUUUAUUUAGUGAUUUACAACAUUUUGCAGAAUGAGCAGCAUGCAGAGAAGAGGUGAAGGAAAAAUAUACCAAAUACAUCCAGAAAUUGUAAUUUUUUCCCCUUUAAAAACAAAACUGACUGUUUUUUCACCCUGAACUUGUGUUUCAACAACCUCCAACUUUUUCUGCAUUUUUAUCAUGAAAGGGAACAUAUCAAUUGCAUUGGAAUUGUAUCAUCUUGUAAAAUAUACUGGCAAAGCUGUAUAUUUUUCUAUAAAUGUGCUUAAUAAAGACAUGCAAUAGAAAAUGU